AUUGCCUAACUCCAAGCACACAUCACAAAUCCGCAACUGAAUCCAUAGUACUCCAAAGCCAAGGAGAAUAUGAAUCGCAACUGACUGUGCAAACCCUUCAGUCACAAGUGUGAAGUAUUGUCUGACAAUGAACAAUUUCCGCUAGUAGUUUCGAACGCUCAUCAUGGCCGCUCAACGAAGAUGCAUCCUACGCUCAUUUCCAGUCUCAGGCGCUCAGCGGUCGGCCCGACUACAUCAAACACCGAUCGCAUUAGCUCGCGUGCUGAGGCAUUGUCAACGACACAAUAGCACCAACUCUGAUUCACAACGGCCCGUAAGCCAAGCCACCGUGCCCGACCAACAACCUCUCGAAACCUCCCAUCUCAAUCCUCUACCGGACGAUUACUCUCGGUUCAUAUUUCAAGACAAGUGUCGCUCGACGAUAUGGUCAGGCUCAGGCGGAGAUGGGUGCGUCUCGUUCCUUCGCGAGAAGUAUGUCGAGGAAGGCCCACCGAACGGUGGCGACGGCGGCAGCGGUGGGAGCAUCUACAUCCAGGCCGUUGAAGGCUUGACCAGCUUACACAAGCUCGCCCGGAGAGGCGUCAUCAAGGCGGGACGAGGCAAAAACGGACAGGGAAAGAGCAAGGGCGGCAAACGCGGCGAAGAUGUACUCCUCCAGGUUCCUGUGGGUACCGUCGUACGCGAAGUCGAUCGGUACGACCCGGUCGCGGAGGAGGAACUACGGCAGCGACACGAGCGCAUGAAGGGCUCGGAAGAAGUGGAGGAGGAGCAGGAGGAGCAGGAGGUCGGCAUCACAUCGAUUCGCCGCGAUCGCUGGGUUUUGUACCCCGGAGCCAAUCCGUCCGAUUAUCUGACCACGGUAUUUCCGAAAAUUUCGCCGCGGCGGCAGCACAUCGCCUCCAUGGAGCCCAAACAGCCCAUCAGUCUUGAUCUCUCACACCACAUGGAUAAGCCGAUGUUGCUUUCGGCGGGUGGCGUGGGAGGGAUGGGCAACCCGCACUUCGCGCACCGCGCGAUGAGCCGGCCGAAGUUCGCGUCCAGAGGGGAAGGUGGCAAGCGUCUAGAGCUUGAAUUCGAGCUCAAGCUCCUUGCGGAUGUUGGGCUGGUGGGAAAGCCCAAUGCUGGAAAGAGCACUUUGCUACGCUCAUUGACCAACAGUCGCACACGAGUCGGGAACUGGGAGUUUACGACGCUUGAACCAAAUAUCGGCACGGUUGUCAUCGAUAAUCACAAGGGAAGACCUCUGGUCGAAUUAGAAGGCAGGAAGCCGCGGACGAAUUUCACGAUUGCUGAUAUCCCGGGUCUGGUCGAGGGUGCUCACCUUGAUCGCGGCUUAGGAUUGGGUUUCCUGCGACAUAUCGAACGAGCUGGUAUCCUUGCGUUCGUAGUCGACCUCAGUGCCGGUGAUCCCAUUCAAGGUCUCAAGAAUUUAUGGCUUGAGCUUGGUGAAUAUCAACGGAUGCGUGAAGCAGAACAUGCUUUGAAACUGGAGGAACUUGCGUGGCCUGCACCAGUAGACGAGCUGCCGGAUUUCUUCUCGUCGGAAGAAGCGCCGGAGCCUACUUUCGUGGUCCCUGACACUAGUUCCGCCAGUCCCAAGCAAGACCUCAAUCCCCUCCCGGAGCUUAAAAUGCCACCGAUCCAUACCAAGCCUUGGUUUGUCGUGGCUACAAAGGCUGACCUCCCCGAGACUCAGGAGCAGUUUCAGGCACUGCGGAACUAUCUUGCCGCCGUGGAAAAGGGCGAGGCUGAUCACCCGGGUGGCUUGCAAGAAGGGUGGAAAGAGAGAGUCUGCGCUGUUCCCGUGAGCGCUAUCAAGGGUGAAGGGGUUGCUCGCAUUCCCCGACUAGUGAUGGAACUGCUGGAGUAUGCCGAGUACAGCACGCUACCUGGCUGGACGCAUUGCAAUGUACUUCGAAGUCGAAGACCGCCAUCUUUUGAUAUUGUCUAUCCUUCGCUUGGAUCGCAAUACAUCUACCACAAAAGGGAUAUCUUAGUUGUCAUGAAUGCCUCACUUUCAAAAGUCAUCCUCCACGCAAUCACGUCCAUUCGGAGAGUUGACGAGGACGAUCCCAUCGUGAGAUGCCGCCCAGGUCGUUCAAAUGACCUCUCCAAACUAUUACUACGGGACCCCGAAGGUGCAAUCAAGGAAGCAGAUUCCCACCUGCGCGUCUUCCCCUUCAAAGAUGUAGACGUGUGCUGGCGUCGGCUAUACACGGACGCCAGCAUCCUGAAGGCCUGUCUCAAUGUCUGCGCCAAUCUCGUAUUUCCUGCCGCGGCCCCUUUGGACGAGUCUUAUUAUUACCGCCUACUUUAUAGACUCAGGAACCAUGCAGGCGACGAGGACAUUCGCAUCGAGUCCAACGCUCCGUGGCUUACGCCCACUAUACACUUACUCGACCGAGCACUGAUCAUGACUGGCGCGCCACUGCGCGAGAAUCUUAUCGAGACCCUGAUCAAUGCCCUCCAGGCAUCCACUGGAUCCACACUGCAGCAUGCAGCACCUAAACAGACAGAGCGCAAUUCGCUCUUCUCCGCGGAUGCAGCACCAACACCUCAAAUAAAAUAUCCCAUUCCUCGCGUCUCAGCGCUGUCGUUUGAGCAGUUCAAAGCGCAUAGCUACACAUCUCGAACUCCCCUGGUAAUCACUGAUGCAGUGGAACACUGGCCUGCUCUAACGACCCGGUCGUGGUCUUCCCGUGCUUACUGGGCUGAUCGCACGUUCGACGGUCGAAGACUCGUGCCCGUGGAGAUUGGUAGAGCUUACACGGAUGACGACUGGGGCCAGCAGAUUAUCCCCUUCAGCGAGUUCGUCGACGAUUACCUGGAUCGGGACCGGAAUCAAGAUGGCCCCACCGGUUAUCUGGCACAGCAUGACCUGUUGGCCCAGAUUCCAGCUCUACGGAACGAUAUCUGUAUCCCUGAUUACUGCUAUGUCGAUCCUCCGGGACCGGAGCCGGGUACACCCGUGUAUCUGAAGAAGCGGUUGGAAGCGGAGGAAUCCAGGAAAAGAAAGAAUGAGCAGGGAGCAACUAUCACAAACACGGAAAUGUAUGCUUCGGCGCAGGUUGAUGCUGGCGCUGUGGAGACCGGUUCCGCAAGCGAUGACUCCGUGAACGAUGACUCCAGCGGUCCCUACAUCAAUACCUGGAUCGGACCGUCGUGGACCAUUUCACCAUUGCACCAUGAUCCGUAUCAUAACAUCUUUGUUCAGGUAGUGGGCGCAAAAUACGUUCGACUCUACUCGCCUCAUACGCCAGCCUCGCAGAUCUAUCCGAAGGGAACGGAGGUUGUGAAUCGAUCAUCGGACGAGAUCUCCAGUGAAGGCGAUAGGCAAGCAGACAUCCAACUUCAAAGGGAACUAAUUGCAUCCAUCAACGCAGAUGACUCUUCAUCACCGGAGAUGGCCGCGAGGAAAGAUGAGCAGGCUCAAGCGAUUGACAUGUCGAAUACCUCGCAGGUGGAUCUGGCAGCCAUUGAAACGUCCCCGGCCGAGGCUGAACAGUGGGAGGACCUAUGGCCGGGAUUCCUGCAGGCAGAGUACGUCGAGACGAUCAUCAAGGAGGGCGAGUGCCUGUAUAUACCUGUGGGCUGGUGGCAUUAUGUUCGUAGCUUACACGGGGGUAUCAGCGUUAGUUUUUGGUGGGAGUAGUCAGUUGCCC